AUGGCUGAACACCCUUCCUUCACAUUGGCCGGCCUCUUGGCUGUUGGUGGCACUAUGGGUUGGGCGAGAACUCGUUCAACACCCUCCCUCGUCGCGGGAGUCGGUCUCGGUGCAUCAUACGCGGUUGCCGGUUACUUGAUCAAGGAGAACAAGGACUAUGGUACUGAGCUGGCCCUUGGCAACAGUAUCGCCCUGCUUGGUUCUGCCGUUCCUCGCAUCAUCAAGACCGGAGGACGGGCCCCAGUACCAAUUGCCUUGGGUGCCACCGGCGCUCUCGCGACUUGGUACUACCAAAAGAAGGUCAGGGAGUUCCGAUUCGGAGUUUAG